AUGAAUCAAAUACUUGAGUGUAAUGUUUGUGGAUCCAAUGAUUAUUUUCACGAUGACGUAUCUGAUAUCAUAACUUGCCAGGUUUGUGGCGCAGUAAUUGCACUAGAGCAGACCCAAGCUGAGCAAAACAUUGCAGAGUAUCAGAGAUCUCUAUUUGCCACAACUUCUAUCGCAAGUCAAUUAAUAUCGGCCGAUGAGUUUCAACUUGAUGAACCAAUUUCAGCAGAAGCAUCAGAGCACACUGGACGCACAUCACGCAGGUCAACUCAUGACAUUUUUGAAUCUGAUGGUUUAACGGAUGUUGAAUUGAUUAAUGUGUUGAACAACGAUGCCGAUUAUCUUAGAAUUUACAAAUGUCAACAAUUUAUUAUUAAGAUUAUUAGUGAUUUACACAUUGGGACCGGGCUGCCAGACAUUACAAAAUUAACAGUAAAGGUAUGGAGAAAAUAUUUGUAUAAAUUGUGCCAAUUUGGGGCAUCAAAACGAUAUUUAUCAUUAAAGCAAUCAACAAUUGCUUCGAUUAAAAUACCUCCUUUGAACAUAAACAUGGCACUGUCAUUGGUGUUACUCUGUUAUGUAUAUUGUGGGUGUGGAAUUGUUGCAAAUGAUAUAAUUAGAUGGGUUUAUCAAGGCACUAUACCUUUCGAAGCCUUUAGCGCUAAUUUAUCAUUUAAGACUAAGCCAUUGCAUAGCUCAAAGUACUUGGAAUUUAUGGCCAUAAAAGUUAAUAAAGUGGUUCAACUAGACAUGUGCAAGUGCAACGACAUUAGAUUUCAAAAUCUCACUUACAGGGGUUGUAAAACUCUCUGCCUUCCAAAAUAUAUCGCACAGAUGGCAAUUAAUCAUUGGAAUACGCACCAUUUUAGUGUAACACAAGGGGAUACUAGUGUUAGACGCUCCAAUAGCUAUAUCUAUGGCAUUGGAAAAUUUGGGUACCCAAUUCCAGUAGAAGUAGCGGCAACGAUACUCUUUAUCUGCAGGCGAAUUUGGCCAGUGUUCAUAAUUCCACCACCACCACUGCCACAUAAGCCAAGCACAGUACCACCUGACAAUAACAUGUCAAACAAAAUUUCUCUGAUUAACAAUAAAGACUACCUUGAUAACUUGACAUUUGACCCACAACGAAUGGCUUGGGUUGCCACUACAGUGAAACCUAUAGACGAUUAUGCGUUGGGAUAUCUUUCUUCGGUGCUAUUGCAAUUACAGGAGCAGAAGAGAUUAAUCCCCAAGUAUAAACCCUUCCUUUGUCGAUCAUUCAGGAGCAUUACCACACAAUUACAAUCAAUGAGCGAUACAAUUCACAUAUUUAACAACGUAAUUGAUUAUGAUAACGAAUUGUUAUACAAUGUUAAAACUUUUAACUGUAUAGGAAAUGAUAUGCAAGAUGCAUUAACAGGCGCCAUUGAAUACUUGAGGGAGAACGAUCCAAUUGCAUGCGAAUAUGUGACAGAUAAUGACAAAUCUAACUUUAUAUCAUUUAAGAAAUUUGUCGUGGAUUACUUGGCUGAAAAAUGUCACAGGAAAUUUUUUGAAGGGCUGCACAACAAAUUUUACAACUACGCCGACUAUUGCAAGUUGAGGUGUGACCCUCAAGUUUGGCUAAGGCAGAGAGGGUACUGGUCAGGUUCAAUAAAUGUUAAAAAUAAAGAUAACCCGGAGCACAAACUUAUAUCUUCAAAUGAGAUAUAUUCACGCAUAUUAAACCGUUUCAUACAUUCUGAUUGUUGGAGCGUGGAAAAUUGCAUCGACACAGCACAACCAUUACAAACUUCCGAUACAUUGAACAAUGAUUUGAUACGUGCCAUUUCAUUGGUAACCACUGGAAGAUCAACACUUAUCAGUGACAAAUUGGUGAUUGCAGAUGAUGGCCCCUGGAAAUCGUUAUCAAAAGAUGUUUUUAACAGGUUACAACCAGCAAUUCAGAUGCCGAACCCACAAGCUAAAUUGUACACAUCUCAACGUAACAUGUCAAAAUACGUGCCCAUGGAAGUAUUUGAAAUUGUUCAAAACCUACCCACUGCACUAUUUACUAUGGACACUGAUAACGGUGACAAUUGCAAAAGUGUUUAUUACGAACUGGCUAAUUCCCAUGUGCGGGACUGCAUUGGCAACCCAACGCUUUACGUACUAGCGCUGGUGCUGCUGGCAAACUUUUUUGGCGUUCAAAAGGCCUCGAUACAUCAGUGUAUCAAAUUUCUAUCACAAUCUUCCAGCUCCACUAUCGUCCAUAACUGA